AUGCGUGCGCUAUCGCUAUGGACGACGCUACUGCUGGGAUUAACGGCAACCUACGCCCAAGCCAACAGCAACACAGACACCAACAACGACAAUGUGUGUCUUUCCACCGCCUCGUCAUCGGACGGCUAUCUGAUCGCCAAGUCGGGCGAAACUACCGAAGUUCUCACAUCUAGCCAUGACGCUCCCGUAGUUCACCACGCCGCAGCCAGCUUUGCUGCCGACCUGAUGCAGAUGGUGCCCUCUUCCAAUGUCGUUGUUCGAAACGUCACUUCCGCAUCGCUCAAGAUGCAAGCUCAGCAAAACAAGGAGAGGAUGAUCAUCGUCGGCAGUCUCGACAGCUCGAGUCUCAUGCCAGAGCUCAUGUCGAUGGACUCAGCAGUAUCACAGGAAGCUUCGAAGGUCAAGGGUCAAUGGGAGUCGUGGUCCUCUGUGAAGCUCAGCUCUGGAUCUGGGUUGGUAUUGAUGGGUUCGGACAAGAGAGGUGCUGCGUACGCGCUGUACACGUUGAGCGAAGAGCUGGGAGUCAGCCCGUGGAAGUGGUUUGCCGAUGUCAAGCCUACGCAGUCGCACUCUGCUGAAUACUACUCUCCCAAGUCAUCCGCCUCGUCGAAGAGUUUCGGGACGAGUCGUUGCUCACACGGUCCACCGUUGGUCAAGUACCGAGGCAUCUUCCUCAACGACGAAGCACCCGCCCUGACGAAUUGGGCUCGAACGCACUUCAAAGGACCCUUCCCACCCGAAACCGCCCCGCAGUCCUUCAACGAUGCCAUGUACACCCACGUCUUUGAGCUGCUGCUUCGACUCAAAGCCAACCUUCUCUGGCCUGCCAUGUGGUCCGACUCUUUCGCCGUCGCCGGCCUCCCCGACCUCCCCAACAAGGGUGUCAACGGCACCGGUGCCGCUGGGCCAAAUCAAAAGCUCGCCGAUCGAUUGGGCAUCGUCUUCGGAACCUCGCACCAAGAACCCAUGGGUCGCAACACGCCCGAAUGGAACACCUGGUACCAGGGUCCCUGGGACUACCCUACCAACACGGAGAACAUCACCACCUACUGGAAGUACGGCGUAGAACGCGCCCAAGGUCUCGAAACCAUGUUCACCAUGAGCAUGCGCGGCAACGGCGACAAAGCCCUUGCCGGAGCCAACAUCCAGCUGCUGGAGGAGAUCAUGGUCAAACAGCAGAGUUUGCUCCCCCGCGAUGCCAAGAGCGGCGAGAUCAGCGUUCCGCAGAUGAUGUGUCUGUACACCGAGGUUCAGGGCUACUACAAUGAGGGGUUGAAGGUUCCGGAAGACAUCACAUUGCUUUGGACCGACGACAACUUCGGGUUCAUCAGGAGGAUCCCCACGGAGGAGGAGAAGAAGAAUCGAAGCGGUGGUGCCGGUCUCUACUACCACGCUGAUUACGUCGGUCCCCCUCGCGCGUACAAAUGGGUCAACACGGUCAACCUCAUGAACGCGUGGGAACAGCUCAACGUCGCAUUCCUCAACCAGCAGACCGAGAUGUUCAUCCUCAACGUGGGCGACCUCAAGCCCGUCGAAGUCCCCAUCCACUUUACCCUCAACAUGGCCUACGACAACACCGACUUGCUCCACCCUACCAACGUGUCCAGCUGGCUCGACACCUGGGCUGCCAAAACCUUCGGCCACGAGCCGGCCUCGAAGGUGGCCGAGGUGAUCCGUGGCUACUCGUGGCUGAACUCACGCAUCAAACCCGAGAUCGUCAACGCCAGCACGUGGAGCAGCGUACACUACGCCGAGGCGGAAUCCGUCCUCUCCCACUGGGAUCACCUCGUUUCCAUCGUCGAGGGCGAUCUGAUCCCGUACUUCCGCAACACCCCCAACUGGGAUUCGUUCUACCAACUCGUUGCGUACCCUACACUGGCGUCGUCCAAUCUGAACCGCAUGUACGUCGCCAUCGCACGCAACAACCUCGCCGGCACGCAGGCCAAGAACUCGGCCAACAGCUGGUCGCUCCUCGCCCGCUCGCUCUUCCACAACGACGCGCGCCUCACCGAGUCCUACCACGCCCUCGCGGGUGGAAAGUGGAAGCACAUGAUGUCGCAACCGCACAUGGGAAGCCAGUACUGGCAGCAACCGAUGCGGAAUAUGAUGCCCGCGCUGUCCCAGGUGGAAGUGGUGGAUUCAGAGUGGCCAGAUACGGCUAUGGGUAGCAACCUGAGGGUGUCGGUGGAUGGCAGUAUGGGUGCCUGGCCGGGUGAUAACCAGUACAACUGCGCGGAUGGGUACAACUGCCCUGAUCCGAGUUUGAAGAUGCUCAGCAGGUACGAGGGGAACCAGCGGAGGAGGGUUUGGGUCAGCUCGGCGGACGCUGGUGAGUUCGCCUUUAGCGCAACGACGAAUGCGAGCUGGUUGCAGGUGCAGCAGCCGAGGAUCGCGACGUUGGAGACGCUCGCGAGGGACGGCAUGGCAGGAGGGACGAACCUCACCGAGAGAGCGCUGUUCGAAGGUGUGGGAGGGUGGGUGGAGAAGAGAAGCGAUGGGUUCGAAGCAGGCGGCAACUUUGACGAUGAAGUCGAGGUGGCGGUCAAGGUAGACUGGUCGCAAUUGGCGGAGAUGGACUGUGCUACCACCAACAGCACGCAGAGGCUGCAGACGGGUAUCGUGUACAUCAACACCACCACCUUCCCUUCCGAACAGUACGUCGGAAUGUGGUCGCCCACCAACGUCACCGUCAGCCUGACCGUGGACCCCUGCACCUUUUCCUCAAGCUCGCAUCCCGCCGGCACGUUCGUCUCCUCCUCGGACGGAUCCGUCUCCAUGCUCGCCGCGCACGCGCUCGUCGAACCCGCCCGUUCCAACUCCACCCCUACCUACCUCGAAGUCUUACCGCAGUACGGCCUCCUCGGUUCCGCCAUCACCGUGCUCCCCCCUACCGCCGACUCCAUCCCUCCUGCUUCUGGCCCCUCGCUCUCCUUCCCCUUCAUCCACUCCACUUCCCCUCCUCCUACCAACAACGGUUCCGCCUACAAUGUGACACUCUACCUCUCGCCCAUCCUCAACUAUCGCGACAAACGACCCCUGAAAUACGUCUUGGAACUCGACGACGAUGUUGCGUCGAGGACAACGGUCACCCCAGUUCCGGAUAACAUCACCCCGGGCACGAACAGCGCCGAUUGGGGCAACGUCGUCAGUGCCAACAUUCGAAAAGUGACGACGAUGCUCAGGACGAAUUCGACGAGUGGAGGGGGGAAGCAUACGAUCAGAUGGUGGCCGUUGGAACCAGGAUUGGUGUUGGAGAAGGUGGUGGUGGAACCGCAGGGGAGCAUGACGGUGGCGACUGCGUUGGGUAUGCCCGAAAGCGGAAGGGUUGGAAUGAUUUGA